UUUCAUUUUUCUUGUUGAAGCAUGAUGAUAUACAGAUGUAGGAAACAAAAGUACCUAUUUGUUUGGAGUCAUAUGGGUCUUGGGUGUAUUCAUCCUGUGACUCUGAGAUAAAAAAUCUUUGUUUGGGAAUUUAAACAGUCCAAUAAACUCAUUAAUUCUUCAUGAGGUAUGACAUUGAUAGUGUUUUCUGGUAGAUUGCUACCCUGUCAGAGCAGACCAUUCUCACAAGGAAAAUGGAUCAGUCCUGGCACAUUUGCCUUACUUGAGCUGUCUCUCUGACCUCCCUCUGCCCCAGUCCCUCUCAGUGGCAGAGGAUGGACCUUUUCAGCUUUGGAAUACCCAGCCCAGGGAGUCUUCUCAACUAUGGGAUUUUACUGAAUAGUUUUUUAAAAAAACUAGUAACUAGUAAUGGCAUGUGAUUGUUCAAAUUUGCUAAGUCACCUAUGAAAAAACUUUUAGAAAUACCCAAAAAGUUCUUAGGGCUUGCAUAUCCUUUUUAUUCCCUCUCAUUAGCUCAAUUUCCUCCUGUAAUUUUGGAAAAUGAAAUGUUACUCUGUACCUGUAACAAGUCUUGUAAGAAUUCAGUCUUUGACAUAUUGACAAGAGAGCUUCUUCACAGCCAUAAAACCCUAAUUUUUCACCAGUAAAUAGAUUAUAUUUCUCUUUGCUGAGAAAUGUUUAUUAAAACUGAAAAUCUAAAACUCCCUGCCACUUUAACCAGGGGGAGUAGACAUAGGUACUCUGGAGAACGGGUAAUAACAAGCAGGAAUGUUUUAAUUGGCAUUAAAAAUGGAUUAACAUUAAAAUCCUUUCUACUCAUAUCACAGCCACUGUCAUGUCUCAUAUCACCUUAAUCUAACCUUUUCUCUCAGUUUAGUUUGGCUACUGAAUCAUCCGAUGAGAGCUCAGCCCUGUAUACCUAUAACACCAAGAGGGCUCAUUAUGACAUGAAAUUCCUCUGGCACAGUGAAGGAGCCCUCUGGAAUUCCCACCCACCAAUGUUUGGUCUUGGUUAUGUUGCUCAUUGUUGAUGCAGUCAGUUCGUUGUUGCAGGUAUCACCAGGUGUUCUGUAACCCACGCAGCGCUGUGAGAUAACAUGUGUGAACACAGAUGUUUUCCUUCUAAGCCAGAAGUCCUGAAUACAACCUGAAAUCAAUCAUUAACAUAUAUUGUCCCAGAAAAAUGUUCAGAGUUAAAACAAACCAAAAGAAUUCUGCAGCAGUCUGCCCCACUAUUCCUAUUUCUUUUCUUUUCUCCUCGUUUACAAUACAGAGAUUCACUGUGCAUGAACAGGCAAAACCUAUAGACAUUUUAUAUGUGAAAGAUGAUGACCUUUAUGAGAUGAGAAAAAAACCAAAGAGUGGUUUCCCCUAUACUUGUGUACUAUUUCCAAGUGCUUCCCACAGUUUCCAGAGAGACUAGCACUGCUCAGCUUUUCCCUGUGUUCUAGACAAUUUAAAAUUUACCUGUUUUCUUUUGGCAAAAGUAGAACACCAAAUUUUAGCCAAUGUUGAAGCAUACUGGAGGGUUUUGUUACCUGGUAUUUAUCCAACUGCCUUUUUUUCCCCUAUAAAUAGACAAACAAAUGAUGAAAAAGAAAAAAAUAUGUAAACAAAGUUCAAGUUAAUGCAACAGCAAAACCUUAGAGAGCAAUAUACAGUGGGAGUAAAUAAAUAACUAAUAUAUUUUUGCUGAUAUGUUUUUCUGUUUGAUUUUUCAUUCUACAGAAAGAGAAUGAAAUUUUCCUUUCCACUCACAAAUCCUUUCCUUUAUCUACCGAAAUCAGGUAUCAUAAAAUACUAUUGAAACUUGCCUCUGCUGAGAAAAACAAAAUCAAAGCAAACCCUGCUUUUUCUCUGAAACAUCUCACUGUAAUAUUCCUUAAUAUGUCAGCAGUCACCCACACAUUCAUGCAGAACUGGAUUCUGUAAGCUUGUCCUAUUUUUCAGUAUUCAUUUCACAACUUAUAGCUGCAAUCUCUAGUGGCCCAAAGUUUUCAGCGGACUUCACUGGUUUAAUCUAGCUUUCUUGAAGUUAAACAAUUUCUUUACAGUUAUCAGUGAAAGUUCUUGAAAUACUUGUGCUAGAGUAGUCAGCUAAUGCAACUAGAUAGUUCUGUAAAGAUUCCUCCCAAAUUCCAUACAGAUGCCAGUCUUGACUGUUUAAUCUGGAAUGUUCCUGAGGUAUUUCUCACUCUAUAAUGAUACCUCUGCUCUUUCAAGCUGCUAUUUUAUUAUUGAGGGAAGAAUUAUACAGUUUUCCAUGAAUCCCUAUAAAGUUCAGUUUCAUUUUCCAAGGAUCAAAUCUGAUCAAGCAAUAUUAAGACAACCUUCCUACACCCAUGUCCACUUACACCCAGCUAGAAGACAUUUCCUUGUAGUUCAAGUAAGUGUUGCUCAAAAUAUCUGUAGCCACGUGGCAUCACACAGACCUUAUAUGAUUCAUUGGCUUGUGACUCUCUGGAGUGUUUAGCUUGUAUGGUUUAGAUCACUCAUAAAAAUAGUUAUUUAACCAUCAAUAGGAAAUAUAAAAAAAUUACACAAAAACCCCAGCUUUACUUUUGUGUGUAAUUGAUUACAGCUAAAAUCCAAUAACAUGAAAUAAUGAAAUCCUGCUUUGUUUAGGCAGUGCCUGUCUCUGUGCACUGUCACAGCUGCAGUAAACAGUUUGCCUUUCCUACCUUGCAUGUGCUCAGGAAGAGUGCAGGGUCUUGGAACUGCUGCAGCAACAUGUAUGGGCUCAGACCAAAGGUAUUUCAGGUUUUUUGCAAAUUGCUGCUCCACGUUUGUCUUGUUGUUGGUACUCCCACUAGUGCAUAGGUCUGUUUAUUAUCCUUCUGGCCUGUUUCACUGCUCACUCCCAGUUGAAGGAUCUCCCCAUUCCCAGAUCCUGAAGUUGCUCAGGUUCUGUGAGUGCUCUUUAAAUUACUUUUUCAUUUCACCUAAAUUAUGAAAUGAUUAACUGUAUUUUGGGAAAGGAAGGAUCCUGUGUAGCCUAGAUUGAUAUAUUUUUCACACAUGCUUUUCUCAUGCUACUUACUAUAUGACCAGUUUUUCUCUAACAUAGGGUGUAAUAUAUUUUUUACAGUCCUUGGGUUUGUAAAUGUGGAAUUCAUUGUCAAUCCAUUUUCUUUCAUCAAAAGUCAGAGUACACAAUCUGAAGAGAAGAAGGAGGUAAAUCAAAUGCACAGCUUCAGAAGCGUGAUGAUAAUUCCUUUUCUAAAUAAUUAUUAUGAUUAUAUGAAGUACAGCAUCACUUGUUUGAAAAAAUUCAGUGGUACCUUGAAAUUUAGUGUUCUACAUUUUAAGCUUAUUUUAAACUCACUACAAAAUUAUAGCACGAUGAUUAGUAUCACACAGAACUUCUGAUUCAUCUAUACUUCUAUUAUAGAUGAAAAUUGCUGUGGACUUGAUUAAGGGUUGAAGUAAGGAAACAGAUACAGUGCAAUCUGAACAUCUUGACAUCUUCUGAACCAGUUUUAGAAAAAGUAUGUCCUUCUAGAGAUCAAGAUUUAUCUCUUCAUAUAUGUGGCAAGUAAGACCCGUUUUUCAGGUACAUAAAAGCAAACCCUGAAGAUUUCAGCAAGGAUUCUGCCUCUCUAUUCCCUCUUGAGUAGUGUUACACAUUUCUGCAUUUAUACAUCCCAUCUUUGGCAAAACUCCUCUGUGUUCUUGUACCUCGUGAAGACUUUAUUGAGAUACUGAUGUGGGAGCAUAUCCAAUGACCCUCUGCCAUUGCAUGUGAGCAGUUGCUCCAUGUCUAGGCAGUACACAUUCCUGUUUAUUAUCCCAUCAUGGGAAUCAUUCUCCCAGAGGCUUGUCCCUUCUCCUGUGACUGGUUCCCAUUCACACUCCCUGUGGAUUAAUGAAUCUCUGAGAUGAGGCCCUCUGGGAAGUAUGGCAAUGUGUUGUGAGAGCUGGCCUUUGAGCUGGGACCUCAAGGAUUUUAUAGCUGGCUGUUACAUGGGCAGGCAGUUUCUCUAAAGGUUUUUGUCCAGGAAGCUUGAACUUGAAUUCCGUUAACAACAUUUUGAAGUUUUAGCUGUUUGGAGCUGUACUACCUUGUGCUAUAUGCCAGUGCUCAUGGGCACAGGAUUGGUUUUCUCCUUGCACUGAACAGGAGCAAUAGAGAUGUGUUCCACCAGAGAAGAUGGGUGACUUUCUGCUGAUGCUGCUGACUUUCUGCUUGCACAGACUGAUCAGAAGAGAACCUCCACUGUUCAAAGGGAUGAACUCUAGUUAGUAGAGUACAUUAAUUUAAUUCAAAAAUGGGAUUUAGGAGUAGUUGAGAACAUUCUCUUUUAAAAAGAGCUAUUCUUUCUGUGUAAUAGCUAACACUCAUGUUUUGUUCUCACAAAUCAAAAUUCUGUUCCAGUAAUCAUCUGGAAAUCCCGACAGAAUAUUGUGUGGUGAAAAUGUAUUUCUUAGCACAGUAAACACAAAUGUAAAAUUAAUAUUUAUUUGCAGAAUGACACUUCUGAAAAAUAUAAGAUAAAAAAAUCUGUGAAAUAUGCUUAAACUGGAAGGUUUUCUGCUGAAGUUUCAGAAACUCUGUUAUCAUAUUGAAAUUCAGCUUACUUUGGUAGUGGUUUGUGGUGGGAAUACUGCCAUGUUUGGAGUGCUGUGUCAUGCUAAGGACUCAAAGGACCUUAUACCAGCAAGUGUUGUUCCAACAGUGCUUAUUCAAGCAUUGUUCAGUUCUAAGUAUCAGUGGGCCUGAAGUAUGUCCCUAGAUGUGAAUCUGAGUGGAAGUGCUUCCCUUUACUUUGGCAACCUAAAAAUCUGUUGUUGAGGCAAGUGCUUUUCUGUUGUUAUGGACAGAAUUUACUGACAGCUUUCUUCUUACAGCUGAUUGAUAGGCUGUUUCCAGAGGUGGAAUUAUUGUCCUUGCCUGAGUGGAUAGACCUGAGAUGUCUCCAGUUGUUAUGGAUAGGUAUGGGGUUUUAUGUGUAACAUGUUGCACAAAGCAAUGUACUUAAGCCAUAGUUCAAAUGACCACAGGAAACUUCAUUAAUGUAAAAGUUGCAAAUCUGUGUAAUUGGCAUGAAGAUUAAUUCAGUUCAAAGGGAAGCUGACUGAUUAAAAAAACUUUUGAGUUCCAGUAUCUUGUAAAAGAUAAAUUGCAGAAAGUGGAUACUUGUUCCUUUGCAUCCUUUGAUUGUUUUGCAUAAUCAGUAGGAACUCCUAAUGGAAGUGGAGGCAGUGAGAUGCUGUGUUCCAUUAUGCUUGCUGUCUUUAGGAAACAGUAGGUUUACAAUUGAAAAGUCAGCUUGUUUAUCAAACUCUGGUGUGUACAGUGCCAUUUUUUUUUCUUUUGACUCUUUCCUACAUAUUGCCUCUAAAAAUCAUGUUUAGUGUUGUUAGAUGCAGACUGUGUGUGAGAGCACAGUGAGGGGGAAAAAGGGGGGAGUGAAUAAGGGGCUACUUUGGUGUCCUGCCACAGGCUGGGCACAGCUUCUGUUUGCAAUCAGAGGGCUCCCUGGUGCAGUCCAUGGCUCCUGGCACAGGGCUGCUGCGGCUGGCAGCGUGGCUCUGCCCUCAGCAGCGCUCAUCUCCUCAGCACCUCCGGCUGGAGCUGGCUGAGGAGCAGACGGGAAUGCUGCUGGGGGCUCCUGCGUGACCUUGGAGUGGCACCCAAGUCCUGGAACGCUGGGUAGGUUCCUUUCCUUUGGUUUGUAGCCCCAGAGCAGAGAUUUGGCUAGGUCCUGGUCAGUGCUGGCAGUUGUAACGGCCUCUGGCUUCUUCAAAGUGUCAGUCUAGAAAGCAAAAUAAUGCCAUGUGGAAAUUUAUUGCUCUCCUCUGUGGGUGAGAAGGGAGCGUAGAGAAAUGGUCCCCAAGUGUACAACUGGCUGUAAGUGGCUCAGCUGCUUUUCUGCAUUUGAGUGACAGUGGCAUUAAGGCAGCACAGAAUCCCAACUAUUCAUCCUUUCUGGGUAGAGCAGCUGUCUUUCAGUAACAGCUAGAGGAAUGCAGCUCUCCUCUAUGACACUGAUGUCAGACAAGCUAAGAUAGGAAGGAUAAUAGGUUCAUGCUUAGUGGAUUAUAUUAUUUCCUUUACCUAAACAACUGAAUAAGGUAAGAGGUAAAUAUUUAUUUGCCAUCUAGAGAUAUUACAUAUUUUUUAUCAUUUAAAUUAAAAUCAGAGUUAAAAAAAAAAAAAGAUAAAAUCUGAUUUUAUCCAAUCAUCAGAUUUUACAAAUACAUCAAUGUUCCAGAUAAAUAGUAAAACCAAAGGAAUAUUAAUACACUAAUUCCAGGUAAUUUAUACUAGAAAUGUAUGAGCUAAGAAUGGUUAAUGAAAUUCUAAAUAUUUUCCCUUUAUCCCCAGUCCAUUUCCUCUCUUCUCCCCCCCAUCUUCCUUAUCCAUAGUCUUUGAAUUUGUGUAUAUAUCCUGCAGGAAAACUAAAGGUCAAGUUUUUGUUUAGGAUGGAAGUGUUAGCCCCUGAGAAGAAAAGACAUGAUGAGAAUGAAGAUUUGCAACAGUAUCCUCAGAAGACUGCAAGCUGUAAGAAAAUGCUUAGGAAUUGCUGCUUGAUAAAGCGAAUUUUUGCCUGGAAAAGUUUGAGCUCUAAAGACACUGUAGAAGAUGAAAUGGAAAUGGCCACAGUACGACAUAGACCUGAAGCUCUUGAACUCCUGGAAGCACAGAGUAAAUUCACAAAGAAGGAACUUCAGAUCCUAUAUAGAGGUUUCAAGAAUGAAUGCCCCAGUGGUGUUGUCAAUGAAGAAACCUUCAAAGAGAUUUACUCUCAGUUCUUUCCACAGGGAGAUUCCACAACAUAUGCACAUUUUCUGUUUAAUGCAUUUGACACUGAUCACAAUGGAUCUGUAAGUUUUGAGGAUUUUGUUAUGGGUCUCUCAAUUUUACUCCGAGGGACAGUACAGGAAAAACUGAACUGGGCUUUCAACUUGUAUGAUAUAAAUAAGGAUGGAUAUAUAACUAAAGAGGAAAUGCUUGAUAUCAUGAAAGCAAUAUACGAUAUGAUGGGGAAAUGCACCUAUCCUGUUCUCAAAGAAGAUGCACCUAGACAACAUGUGGAGACAUUUUUCCAGAAAAUGGACAAGAACAAAGAUGGAGUAGUUACCAUAGAUGAAUUUAUCGAGAGCUGCCAGAAAGAUGAGAAUAUAAUGCGAUCCAUGCAGCUCUUUGAAAAUGUGAUUUAAUGAAGACAUUAGGUCUACAACUAAUGGACAAAUAUGAGCUAUUCUGCAACAUUAUCUAAAAAAAAUGGAUUUCCCACUUUAUCAUAAAUAAAGUUACUCAGCUUUACACUGAGAAAUGUAUUAUGCAAGUAAAUUUUUUGUUAUAAACCCUUCCCAACAAAAAAACCCUUUCUAAAUUAUACAUAAAAUCUAGCACUUCCACAGUGGCUAUUGAGUUAACAGGACUGUACUGAAAAAUCAGGUUCUUACAAACUCAAAAUACAACUGACAUUAUGCACCUUUUUUAUCAUUCCAACCCCCAGUUAAAAUAGAUACAAUCAUACAGAUAUUAAAUAAAUAUUCUUAGUUUUGCUACUCAUUUGUACUGGACUAAGCUCCAGGUGUUAAAACAUACUUCUUAAAUCUCUAGCUUCUAAUUUAUGCAGAAGCAUUACAUUUUCUUCCCAUAUUUCUAUAGUGUAGUGCUAAUUUUUGAAUAAUAUUUUGAGUUAAAAUGCUAUAAUAAAUGUGCGAUGCACAUGUUGCUAUAAUUGCCUUCUAACUUUGACUUGUUUUUCUCUUCAGAAAAAAAAAAAAACCAAAACCCAAACAUAACUAAACAGGUAACUUGAGAGCAAGAACUGUUAUAAAACAAAACAAACAAAUAAACAAACAAACAAGUUGCUUAUGGGUAUUCUUAUUCCCUAAAAAAAUAUGAGUAAGCUUCUCUCAAUCUCACCUAAUAAGUCUGCACUUCAUUUAUCAUGACAUGAAUAUCAGAAGUCCUACAUACUGUAUUUUUAAUUCUUCUUGGAUGUGUAUGAGAAGUUCUUUGCUUAAAAUUAAGGAUCUUCUGACUUCCAAUUUUUCAUGAAGAAACCUUAACUGGAUCCUAACACUGCUUUCCUAAGUAUGUGUCUUUCCGCCUUUAAUGAAGAAAAAGUAAUGAAAUUUUGAAAACUGCCAUCCCACUUUAGUGCUGAGAAUGAACAUCACUGCAUAGUAACCUCCACUAAUAAUGACUGCUAGAGGCUAACAUCUAUUUCAUCUUUUUGUAAUACCUUUAACUAUGAGACAGAACCAGGAAAACUAUGAAAACUUCAGCUAUAUAUCAUCUAUAUGUGAUAAAUGCUUUACAUUUUUUAAGAUCAUUUCUUCAUUAAGAUUGGAGCUACUUAAUUCUGAACCUAGAAAGAUUCUUCUAAGAAAGUAUGCAUAUAAAAUAUAACACUGCCCCUCCAUCCAUGUAAUUUUUAAGAUAUAUUGUCCACAGAGUCUACGCCAAUACUUCAAAAUAGGUGAAAUGCUAUCAGAGAUAGGCCAACCUUCAUUGUGACAUUGCUGCAGAAAGUGUGAAAGGGGAUUACUGAAGUAGAAAGAAAGUUACAAGAAUUAUUUUGUAAAAAUAAAUCAGGUAUCUAUUCUGGUGUAGAGAUGGGAUGUUAGAGGCAUGUUGAAGGCUGCUCUGCUAUCACCAGUGUAGGAUAAGAGUAGUACAAUACAUGUACACCUGAAAUCUGCUGUAGCGUGUUUGUGUAAACUACAUGUGCACAUUUUGUAAGAAAAAAAAAAUAAAGUAAACAUGAAGAAAAAAA